AUGAUCUCUCUCGCUGCGGCAGCCAGAAUCGCCUCCGCUGUCACGAUUGGGCCUGUUGGUUCAUUCGUCGUGGCCAACAAAACAAUCUCUCCCGAUGGUGUCCCCCGAGCCGCCGUUCUCGCCGGCGGCACGUUCCCUGGCCCGCUCGUCCACCUCAGUUACCACCGCCAUCACCCGGUUGCACCCCCGCGGGGGUCCUCCUGGGUACCCUCAGACGUAGCUCUGAGGGUACCUAAAAGGUACCCCCCUGCGGGGCCCGCGGGGGGGAUUUGGUCCAUUUGGGGGCGGGGGCAUAUGCGGGGGUCAGCAGGGGGGGGUGAACGAAAAUAUAUACAUGUGACUUGUCUACAUCUGUAA